CAAGCAUCAGGAUCCCCAUCGACGAAUAGGCUCCUCCUAAUCACUAGUUUCAAGUUUACCCCGGAUUUUCACGAUAUAUUCUCUUCCUCUACGGAGUACAUAUGUAUCUGCCUCGCCUCACCGCUGAUGUUAACUGGCGGGUGGCGUUGAAGUCUUUGCACCCUAAUCGGGCUGGAUUCCUGUCACCCCCGCCCCCGCCAUCGGCAUUAACCCUUCAUCCAUGGUCUGGAUGGCCGGGGAUUCGCCCCUCGUGCUGUUUUUCCUCUCUUCAAACUCGAGAGAACAUGCGGGGAACAGAGCGGGUUUCGAUGGGAUUCCGAGGCUCGAUGGAAGAGUAAGGUGGAGUUCCCGCCGACCCAUGAUCCCUGGCCGGGCUGCCUCUUCCUAGCGGGCUUUCGACGUGGCCUCCUGGUCGCCGCGAAUGAUGUCUGAGGACUUACCUGGGGUAGUCCUUUCUCAGUGGGUUGGGCACUUUGCUUUCUUGCGAUCACUAGGUGCAAAAAGAGACGGGGACCCUUCCGUCUACCAGGCUAUCUUGACCAGAUUCGGACCUCGGAGCCACUUCAUGGCGUGCCUUAUUUUUCAUCCUGGGAACCCGUCAGUGCUGCUGGAAAUGCAUGUCUGUCAAGCGAGAUUUCCUAGGCUAGUCGUCGAGCCAUCGCGGCUGGCCGCAAUUUCAGGUCCUGCGCCAUCCCUGCAGGACGUUUAAAGAUGACCAUCUGUGCCCUGCCCUUUUCAUUCCACAGGGGCCCGCGGGACCGUCCACAUUCUUUGUCUGAGAUUCUUUACCAAGUCAUCUUGCCUCCAACACAGCAACAUGGAGUCCAAACAGGCCUCAGACGCCCAAGGAGAGCCAAACCUGAUGAAGGAGGAAAUUGAGCAGUCUUCCAACAGCUUAGACAGGGAUACAGAGUCGGGCCAGAUGGACGACAAGGAAUUGCAGAGACGACUUCGAAGAAUAUACUGGAAAGUCGAUCUUCGACUUAUCCCCAUCCUAGGAGCUGGUAUGCAUGAAGACCUGCAUUUCUACAUUGGCAAUCGCUAUUCCGUCGUUCUUCUCGUCUUCUUCAUCACCUACUUCAUGUUCGAGAUUCCGAGUAAUAUCAUCUUGAGAAAAGUUGGGGCUGCAAUAUGGCUGUCGUUUAUUGCAAUGAGUUGGGGAAUUGUCAUCAUUCAACUAACUGGUAUCCAGCCGCUUAUUGCUAUCAGAUUGCUUCUUGGGUUAUUUGAGGCAGGCUUUUUCCCUGGCUGCAUGUACCUCAUUAGUUGCUGGUACAGAAGAUACCAAAUCCAGCAGCGUAUUGCUUGGUUCUACUCUAUCAAUGUCAUUGCAAACGGAUUUGGCUCUCUACUAGCUUACGGAAUCAUCCAGAUGGAAGGGCUCGGUGGUCUUCGAGGUUGGAGGUGGAUCUUUGUGAUUGAAGGACUCCUUACCUGCGUGCUCGCCAUGAUGGGUUACUAUCUUAUCAUUGAUUUCCCGGACAAACUAUUGAAAAAGAAGUCAUUCUUGACGGCUGAGGAAGUCGAACUUAUCAAGGCAGAGCUGGAUAAAGAUAGGGGCGACGCUGUCCAUGAUCCCAUUACUCCAAUGAAGGUUUUAAAGACGCUUUCGCGCUGGCAGCUUUGGAUCUACUCGCUCCUUUUCAUGUGUGUUGCCAUCGGCAUCUAUGGAUACGCUUUCUUUGGUGUCGUUAUUCUUCAGGGAAUGGGUCACUCACCAGGCCGUGUUUUCCUUCUCUCGGCUCCGCCAGCUAUUGCCAGCGUUCCGUUCUCUCUGGUAAUUUCUUACCUUGCUGAUCGAACUAAGCUACGUUCCCCAUACGUCGCGUUUAUGGCCAUUACAUGCACGAUUGGAUAUCUUCUUGUUGCAUAUCCAAAGCAAAAUGGAGUGAGGUAUUUUGGCGUCUUCCUCGGUCUCGCGGGAGCAAACGGCGCCCUACCAGCUGUUCUAGCCUGGCAGGCGAACAAUAUUCGAGGCCAAAGUACACGAGCUAUCGCAUCAGGUCUACAAGUUGCCUUCGGCGCAGUCGGUGGGAUCUAUGCCUCCGUUACCUUCCUCGAAAGAGAAGCUCCAACGUAUUUCAGCGGGUUGUGGGCUGGAAUCGCGGCGCAACUUUUUAUGCUUGCUGCGUGUAUAGGAAUGAGUAUUUAUCACUAUAUCCAAAACCGCAAGGCCGCAAGAGGAGAGAUGGUAAUCGAGGGCCUAGAAGGGUUUAGAUACACAUACUAGACCUGGUAGAUACGUUAUACUUGGAGAAGUGGUGAAUCAUUUGUUUGGCUGGGAUGACUUAAACAGAUUAUAUGAUGCAACAUCUUGUACAGAAAAUCCU